AACCUUGUCUUAAAUAUAUUAAGAGUGGUCAAAUGACUAUUUGACAUUGAUUCUUAUUGGGUAUUUUUAAUUGAAUUAUGCUUCAUUAUUAUUAUAGGUACAAAAAUUAGGUAGGGAAACCAAGUUAUUUUUUCCCCUCUCAUUUGUUAUCUAUCAAUAUAUCAAUGCUGCAUACAAGAGUGGUGCAUCUUCUCUAAUGAAAUUGCAUUUAAUUGUUUUCAUUAUUAUGAUGCAGUAUGGAAAUAUGACACAAAAUGUAUAGUCAGCUUGGAUUCAAAAAAAUUUGUAGAAAUGUUUGUAUAAAAAUUACAUCAUUGAAUAAACAAUAAACUGUAAAAUCAUCAUCACCUAAAAUUUUACAUAAAUAUACUUGAAUAAAUCUCUAUAAAGUGAGAUAUGAUUAAACCAUAUAAAUUCAAUUUUCUUUCUUUUGUCUUAGACAAAAGUGACAAACACUACUAAAGUUUACACACAUAAUUGAGCUAGGACUUGUUGACCAAUUAAAUUUUUUACAUUAAUAAACUAUACUGAUUCCUUAAAAUUAUUUUUUUGUUGGAAUUUCAUUCGAGAUAUUAAAGUAUAUUAAAUUUUAACCUGGAUUAAAAAGAGACCUUAAUUUGAGCCCAGCCCAAUAGAAUGAGGUCCACUAGAAAAAGAGAUGUUUGGAAGAUUCUUGUAAAUUGUUCUUUCCCUCUCUGGAACACUCUUUGAAUAUCUUAGACCCUUCUCUAAGCAUCCAAAUCCUUAUUUAAGCUGUCUCAACUCCUUCAAUUAUUCUGAGCAAAAAAUAAGUACUUGAAGAUUAAGGUAAACAAAAUGGCUUUGGCACGUUUGGCUUUGAGAAAUUUACAGCAAAGGGUAUUAUCAACAGGGUCAUUGCAAAAACAAUGCAAUAGAUUGAGUAAUAAUAAUGAGUUGGUAGCAAGGUUUUCAACUGCAGUUGGUGAGAAGGGAAAAUCUGAAGGUAGUGAAGUAGCUGUCUCAGAAGAUAAGAAGUCAAGGUUGUUCCCAAGGAGGAGAGGUAGAAGAUGGCUUUCUAGAGAUUAUGAUCGUGACUUUCUUCCUGCUCCUUUUGAGCUAUUUCCAUCAGGUCUUGGAAAUGCACUAAUGCAAGCAACUGAGAACAUCAACAAACUAUUUGAAAACAUGAAUUUAACACCAUGGUCAUUAAGUGGACGUGUGAAAGAAAGUGACAACCAUUAUAAACUAAAGUAUGACAUGCCUGGAAUCCCUAAAAAGGAUGUGAAGAUAACAAUUGGUGAUGGAGUGUUAACUAUUAAGGGAGAACACAAAGAAGAGAAAGAAGAAGCAAGGGACAAUGAUGAUCAUGAGUAUUGGUCAUCAUAUGGUUAUUAUAAUACUAGUUUGGUUUUGCCUGAUGAUGCUAAGGUUGAUGAAAUUAAGGCUGAGUUAAAGGAUGGUGUCUUAAUUGUUACCAUUCCUAGGAGUGACAAGCUUAUAAAAGAUGUUAAGCAUGUGAAUGUUGAGUGAUAAGGCCUAAGGGGAUUCUAUAAGAGUGUUGUGAAAUUGUGAAGUUGAGAUGGGUUUGUGAUGUGAAGUUUGUGACUUUGUGAGUCUAAGAUGAAUAUUAUAUAUAACUUGUUUGUAGUUUUGAACCUAAUAUUAGAGAAUAAAUAAAGUUUAUUACAUAAAUAAAUUGUUUCAUGAAUAAAGUUUUUU